AUGAUGUUCAAUGAAAACAGCACAAAUAGCCAAGGGGUUGUGAACAAAAGGUGUGUGCCCAAAGGGGAUUGUAGUAGUAGCAGUGGUGGUACCCCCGGGGGAUUAUACAAAUGGGGAGAAGAAGACCAUAGCAAAUUGAUGCUAAAUACGUUGCAUAUGUUUGACCAUAUAAAAAAUGACAAACAAAUUUUCUCCAAAAUUAUAAAAAAUGUAAUUACUUUUUUGAACAAAUUAAAAGAAGAAAACAAGUAUUAUGAAUUCCUUUUUUCCUACAACACAUUUGUUAAAAAAUAUGGACCCCUAACAGAUUACACAUCUUUUAAAAAAGUCAUAGAAAUGAUUAACAGUCUGGACAUUAUUGAACUGUGUAUCUCUUUCAAUUUCAGUAAUGACAGUAUAUUCCAUGCUUUGCUGUCUUCCUACCUGGAGUUGCAUUUGAAUGAAGCAACUAACGCUUACAACGUCUUGCUCGAACUGACGAGUAUCGUGAUAGAUGGUUAUUCCAUUUGGACAGAACAAAAUAAGGGUGAUUCAGAUUUUGUAGACAUUUUUAUUUCCCAGUAUGAAUUGAAAUAUAUCUCAAGGGAACAAAUAAAUAAAUGGUUUAGUUAUGUUAAACAACAUGAGAAUAAUUACUCCAAUGUGCUUUUCUGUUUGAUUGAUUUUUGUUUGAGCUUAAUUAACCAUAACGUAGAGACACAAAGUAAAAAAUUGACAUCCAAUCAGAGUGGUGAAGAAAUACGAAAGAAAACUACACAGCUUGGAAAAUAUCUUCCAAAUGAUGUAACCUCCGGAAUGGAUAGCAAAAAGGAGAGGACAACGAAAUUAACAACUUAUGUGGAGGACAAACCUGGACAUAUAUACAUUUGCACCUUUGAGGACAAAAUUGUGUGCAUGAAAAAUGGAGACUACUUAGGGGGACAUCCCGAUGAUGCUACAAUGAAUGAGGAUAGGAGCAAAUUUGUGUACGAAAUUAAGUCACGGAGUGCCAAUUUGUACAUAUUAAAAGUUCUUGUGUGCACCAUCUUGAAAGCAAUGAAAAUAACACACCACCUGAAUGAAGACUCUCUCAAAAAAUUAUUUUCCUUUUUUAACAAAGUCCUAAGUGAUAUUAUAAAAUGCAUUUACCAGAAGAACCACGUCCUCUUUCUUUAUCUAUUUUUCACGGAUAUUUUAAAAAACAUGCACCCUUUUGGUUUCUUUUUAUAAAUGAAGAGAAUAAAGUACGUCCUGUUAGAUAUGUUCACCAAGUACACAAAAUUGCUCCUAGUUUAUAGACUCCAUUUUGCUAGAUGCACAGAUGUGAGGAAGGAAAAAGAGCCCUUCACGGAUGAGUUCCUUCUGUAUAUGAAGUCCAUCGAGUGCGUGCUGUUUUCUAUCUUUGUGUACUGCCCCAAUGGUGUGCUAACUAAGCUGAACGCGUAUGCGACGGAGAGGGGCAAACUGGGGAAGCUGGCCCAUGGGGGGAGGAGCCAGUUUUCGGCCUUCAACCGGGGGCUGUACUGUUUUGGGGAGGGGCAGUGGAGCGUGCCGGGCGACUCCUCCAGCGAAUUUGUGAAGAAAUUGCGGCUCGUCCUGCUGGGAAGUGGAAGGGGCGAACUGGUGCGCAGAAAGGAGAAGCUUCCGCGAGGUAAGGACGGGCGGAAUGGUGGUAAAAAGGCUAUCAGCGGCGAGGCGAAGCGCAAAGGGGUGGAAGUCGAAGUGGGUAGGGAAGUCGAAGUGGGUAGGGAAGGCGAAGUGGGUAGGGAAGUCGUAGUAGGUAGGGAAGUCGAAGUAGGCGGGGAUGUCGAAGCAGGCGGGGAAGUCGAAGCAGGCGGGGAUGUCGAAGUAGACAUGGGGAAGGACGGAGGGAGCCACCACCUCGCGUGCUACUUCGACUUCCCAUACGAACUCUUAUGCGCGAUAAUGAUCCAACAGUUAAAGUGUUUUUCAAAUGACACGCUGAAGUGCCACACAAUAUGCACAGCUGUGGUGGAGUUCUUUUUCUACAUCAGCUCAUCUAUGAAUCCCUACUUUUUUUCCAUCUCGAGAAGGUUGUGGAGACUACUGGGGUGUCAAAUGAACAAAUACGAAGAGACACUGGCCCUGACGAUGCUCACGAAGAUACUGUUUCAUGUGUUGUCGGGGAGGAGUAAAGAAGACUCCGUUUUGCAAAGCAAGAACGAACGCCUAUUUACAAAAAGCAUUUGCAAUAAUGAGAAGCAGCAUUUGUUACUCUCCUUUUUGAGGAAGCAAUUUUUUGUAAAUGACGUUGGGAAAAACUAUGUGUUUUUUUAUGGGACUCUCCUGGGGGGUAUACAAUCUGAGGAACUGGCCCUGGGGGUGAUGCAGAUUUUUUUCGGCACCUUCCAUGUGCACCUGCAGUACACUCUCAACGUGCUGUUGCGGUUUCUGAACUUGUACGAGCGGGGCGUGGAGGCGGCCAGUAAAGCGGCCAGGGGAGCGCCUGGUGAGGCGGCUGAUGAGGCGGCUGGCGAGGCGGCUGGCGAGGCGGCUGGCGAAGAGACUGGCGAAGGGGCCUCCGAAGUGGUCUGCGGUGCAUCUGUCGAUGCAGGGCCGUGCUCUGCACUCGCGGUGCCGCUGGGUGAGGCCGAGGGAGGCCCGAGCGAACCGAUUGAGGAAGCUAACAUUAUUUCGCUCUUUGUCUACUCUGACCUGGUGAAAGUAUUUCCAGCCAAUUUUCUAAGCAUAGUGGGGGAUAUAAAUCUGAUGCGAGAAAUACAAAACACGUUCCUUUUUUUUAUAUACGUGAACGAUGAGUACAGGUUACUGGAAGAACGAGAUGAAGAGAGCAGGCAUAUCCUAAUGGUGAACAGGAUAAAGCGGAGUCGUAUGCAGUACUACCAUAGCAGUGCAAAGAUUUACUUCCCCUUGGUCAUAUCUUCUCUCAUUUCUCAUUAUCUAUUUUUUAUCAUUAAGGAUGGCACGUUUCGAAUUCCAGGUCGACUCAUUUGUAGUUUUUACGAGCGUUUUUUUAGCAACCGGUAUUUGUAUACCUUGUGCAGUAACCAUGUGUACAUGCGUGUGUUGAGCGACUCGUUCGUUAUUUUGCAGCAUCUGCGAGAGGGGGGGGCGGAGAAAGAAGCGGAGGAAGGAGCGACGGAAGAACCGGAGGAAGAAGCGACGGAAGAAGCGGAGGAAGACGCGAUGGAAGAAGCGAAUGGGGGGGAGGUGUUGACGGACCACCAACGGGGUGUCGUUAAGGGUCCUGAGGAGGACACCCACAACAGUGAUGAAGUGAACGAACGUGGAAAGGAGAAACACACGAAGGAGGAUCUCACUACUGAAGAAAAAGACGCUCACAGUGACAAAACGGGGGGGGACUUCUCCAACCAAAUGAGUAACCUAUCGUCAUGCCUUUUCCAAGUUUAUAUACACUUUCUGGAAGAGUAUGCGAGUAUGUUCCAUGCAGCCAUUGUGACGUUGGUAAAGAAUAAAAUCCCGUGGCGUGGUGGGAGAGGGGGGGAACGCCCGAAGGGGUCCUCCACAACGACCAGGGUGAACGAGGCUAGCACAGCGCACAGGUUAAACGAGGCUAGCACACCGCAUAGGCUGAACGGGGAUAGUACCCCGCACAGGCUGAACGGGGAUAGUACCCCGCACAGGCUGAACGAGGAUAGCACACCGCACAGGCUAAACCAGUAUAGCAGUCUGAAACGGCUGAAUGAACCCACCUUACGGAGCGACUUGGCCGCGCUGGACGAGUCGACCUUCUGCGAGCAGAUGUACUUCGAUUUGAAGAGGGAGGGGAAGUACACCCCGUCGUUUAGCCAUUUGAUGCGUGUCCUCCUGGACGUUUUUUUUUGUAAACCCGGUAUGAUAUCACGAGAAAGGAGGAGGGAGGUCUUAGCGAAGGAGGUAGUUCCCCUGGCGGCACGACAGACAGCAGAUAAGGUAGAAUUACUGCAGGCACGGAGAAAUAAAUUCAUAGUUCCAUUUUUCAGAAACACUUUUUACCUACAGAGCUGUGCAGGGGAUUACAUUAAGGAUCGUAUUUCCAAGCUUAUGGGAGCACUCCCCUUCGGGAAGCACCGCGUGUGUCGUAAGGACUUGGAGGAGUUGGCAAGCUUGGUGUUCUGCGUGGGCGGCUGGGUUGACGUUUGA